AUGGCUCCUCGAGUGUGGUUUAUCACCGGUUGCUCGUCCGGCUUCGGAUGGGAGAUGACUCUCGAAGCCCUGAGACGAGGCGAUAAAGUGAUUGCGACUGCUAGGAAGCUUGAAAGGAUUGGCAAGUUAAAGGAUGCUGGCGCUGACGUCUUUGGACUUGACGUCACGAGUAGUCUUGACGAUAUCAGACGUCUUGUCUGGGAGGCCUACAACAUCUAUGGACGUAUUGAUAUUCUUGUCAAUAAUGCUGGAUACAUCCAACAAGGCGCUUUGGAGGAACAUUCCGGUGUCAUUGCCAAUACGUCCAGCGCUGGAUCUUGGACGAAUACUGCUGGAGGAGGACUAUAUUCUGCGACAAAGAAGGCCCUCUCGGGAGCUACAGAGACACUUCGUGUAGAAUUAGAACCAUUUGGGAUUUCUGUCACCUCCCCUGAGCCUGGUGAUUUCCGGUCAAAUCUACUGGCUGCAGGCCAUCGAUUUGCUGCACUACAUCCCAUUCCAGAUUACGACAACACUCCUACCAGAGCAGCAAUCGAAGAAAGCAAUAGCCAAGAUCAUAAACAACCCGGAGAUCUGGUAAAAGGUAGCAAGAUUAUUGUUGACAUUCUCACGCAGACUGGCUGUGCCGCUGGCCGGAAGAUUCCAGUCCGAGUUGCUCUGGGUGCAGAAGCUUGCGAGCUGAUGCGGGAUAAGUGCAAGGAUACUCUUGCUCUUUUAGAAGAGUGGAAAGACGUCGUUAGCGAUACCAAUCACGACGAUGUCACACCCACUCCAUGA